AUGGCAAACCCUACACCUUUCACCUACGAAAAUGAGGUCUUCAUCAGCGGCCUCGAAAACGUCAAACCCCCCAUCAGCUUCAACCCUCACGACUGGGAGGCCCUGGCCAAGGAUAUCCUCCCCGCCGAGAGCUACGGCUACGUCUGGGGCUCCGCCGGCCUGCGCGAGACCGACAACAACAACCGCGAAGCCUUCCGCAAGUGGGCGCUGAUCCCGUCGCGACUCGUCAAGUCCGACUUCCCCAGCCUCAAGACCACCCUCUUCGGCCAGGAAUACGACUACCCGAUCGCCAUCGCCCCGAUCGGCGUCCAGCGCAUCUUCCACCGCGACGGCGAGGUCGCCACCGCCACCGCCGCCCGCAAGCAGCACGUCCCCUACAUCCUCAGCAGCGCCGCCGCCACCAGCAUCGAGGACGUCGCGCGCGCCAACGCCGACGGCAACCGCUGGUACCAGCUGUACUGGCCGUCGAACGAGAACAACGAGAUCACCGUGAGCCUGCUGGCGCGCGCGCGCGCCGCCGGCUACUCCGUGCUCGUCGUCACGCUGGACACGUACAUCCUGGGCUGGCGGCCCUCGGACCUCAACAACGGGUACAACCCGUUCCUGCGGGCGGACAAGAUCGGCGUCGAGCUGGGCUUCUCGGACCCGGUGUUCCGCCGGCGGUUCCGCGAGAAGCACGGCGUCGAGAUCGAGGAGGACAUGGGCACCGCGGCGUCGGAGUGGGCGCAGACUAUCUUCCCCGGGCUGAGCCACGGGUGGGAGGACAUCAAGUUCCUGCAGGACCACUGGGACGGGCCGAUUGUGCUGAAGGGGAUCCAGACCGUGGCGGAUGCGCGGCGCGCGGUCGAGGCCGGCGUGCAGGGCAUCGUGGUCUCGAACCACGGCGGGAGACAGCAGGAUGGCGGGAUUGGCUCGCUGGAUGUGCUGCCGGAGAUUGUGGAUGCGGUGGGCGGGCAGAUUGAGGUGUUGUUUGAUUCUGGGGUGCGUGGGGGCGCGGAUGUCGCGAAGGCGCUGGCGCUUGGGGCGAAGAUGGUGCUCAUCGGCCGGCCGUAUGCGUAUGGGCUGGCGAUUGCCGGUGAGGCGGGUGUGUCGCAUGUGCUCCGAUGUAUUCUGGGUGAUUUGAAUCUUACGCUGCAUCUGUCGGGGAUCCAGUCGGUGUCUCCUGAGCAUCUGAAUCGGGAGGUUUUGCGGCGGGUGAGGGAUUGA